AUGGUCCAGAUCCCGGAACCCGUAGCACUCCCGCCUAACUUCACAUUGGAGCUAUUCCAAAAGUUCAUUGUCCGCGCUCAAGAGAUCUGCGGCGUUGAAAAUGUCCGCGUGGUCCCCAAGGACAAGCCGCUAGAAGGCGACUCGUACCUCAACCAGCCCAAAUCGCACGAUCACUUCCCCCUCUACGAGAAGUCAAAAUUGGUCGCAUCGGCCGUUGUCACCCCACGCCAUGUCCCUGACGUUCAGGCCCUUGUGGGCCUGUGUAAUGAGCUAGUCAUGCCCGUGUGGCCCAUCUCGCUCGGCCGGAACUUCGGCUACGGCGGUGCUUCCCCACGCGUUCCCGGCUCCGUGGUCAUGGACCUGGGACAUCACAUGAACCGCAUUCUCGAGGUCAACGUCGAGGGCGCAUACGCGCUGCUUGAGCCGGGCGUAAGCUUCCGCGAUCUGCACGAGUACCUUGAAAAGCACAACCUGCGCGAGCACCUUUGGCUCUCCGUGCCCGUCGGCCAGGGCUCUGUCCUCGGCAACGCCGUCGAGCGUGGCGUCGGUGCUACGCCUUAUGGCGAUCACUGGGGCAUGCACUGCGGUAUGGAGGUUGUGCUGCCAAACGGCAAGCUUGUCCGCACCGGCAUGGGCGGCGUUCCCAACCCGAAUGCGGACCUGAGCUUGCGCCCCGACGAGCAGCCGGCCAGCGAGACGUGGCAGCUCUUCAACACGGGCUACGGCCCUUACAAUGACGGCCUCUUCUCACAGAGCAAUCUCGGCAUCGUGACCAAGAUCGGCAUGUGGUUGAUGCCCAACCCCGGAGGCUACCAACCGUACGAGAUUACUUUUGAGAACGACUCUGAUCUGCCCAAGGUUGUCGAUAUCAUCCGCCCCCUGCGUCUGCAGAUGGUCCUGCAGAAUGUUCCCUUCCUCCGCCAUACGCUGCUGAACGCCGCGCACUGCGGGCCAAAGUCCAAGUACACCAACAAAGAGGGUCCAAUGUCAGAGGAGGAAGUGGACGCAGUUGCGAAGCAGCUUGACAUGGGACGGUGGCAGCUUAUAGGUGCCGUCUACGGACCCAAGCCCGUCCGCGAUGUCCUACUGAGUGUCAUCAAGCACGAAUUCCUCUCCAUUCCCGGUUCACGCUUCUUCCUGCCGGAGGAUCGCGCUCGCGAGAGCCCACUCCGUGCUCGUGAGCUGCUGAUGCAGGGCAUCCCUACAGUAGAGGAGCUGAGGUGUCUGAACUGGCUCCCCAACGGCGGCCAACUCUUGUGGGCCCCCAUCUCCAAGGUCUCGGGCGAGGAUGCAAAGAAGCAGCACGACGUGGCCAAGAACCUCAUCACCAGCUACGGCUUCGACUACCUCGGUGCAUUCGCCGUCGGGAUGCGAGAGCUCCGUAAGUAUCUCCCGCCCAUAAUAUACAAACUCGCCUCCCAGCUCGGUCAAUGGCAUUUGCUCCGAAACUCCGAACGGAAGAUCAAAACUGACAAAGGCUUCUCAGACCACGUGAUUGGCAUCCCCUACCGCCUGGACGUCCCCGAGGAUGUGACGAAGAUCAGGCAGCUGGCGCACAAGCUGAUCAAGGAGACGACGGCGCACGGCUGGGGCCAAUUCCGCGCGCACACGGCGCUGAUGGACCCUGUCGCUGACGCCUUCAACUGGAAUGAAAACGCGCAGAUGCAGCUGAACGAGACAAUCAAGAACGCGCUGGACCCCAACGGGAUCAUGGCACCGGGAAAGAAUGGCGUAUGGCCCGCGAGCUACGACAAGAAGAAGUGGGUGCUGGACGGCAACUAA